AUGAUAGAUGCACAUCGUGUGGCUGCUUUUAAUGUCAGAAUCGGGCGGCGCUUGCUUGCAACGGCUACAACAACGAUUAAGCAAAAAACUGACUUACGAAAGAAAAGUCUCCUAGUUGAUGGCAAUAAUGUGCUCUAUCAUUUUUACAAUCAGAUGUCCACCAUUACAAAUGGCCAAGUCAAAAAUGAAGCGGUCGAUGGCCUCCUACGUCUCUUGCGGCGAAUGGACAAGACACAUUGUCCCGAGCACAUACUCGUUGUCUUUGAUUCGAAACAGCGCUCCAUCAGGAGCAUCAUCCAGCCGGACUACAAGAAGGAUCGACCAACAACGCCAUAUUCACUGGUAACACAGUUUUCUUAUGCGAAAGAAGCUUUAACAGCAGCCGGCGUCAACUGUAUUGAGCGCCAGAGUAUGGAGGCGGAUGACAUUAUUGCCUCCUACUCGACGCAGUACACGGCUUAUGGCUUCGACGUACUCCUCAUUUCAAACGACAACGACUUUUUGCAACUCGUGCAUGAUGGUAUCAGCGAAGUGGCAAAAUUAGAAACCACGGAAAGCACUUUAAAUGAUCAUGAUAUUUUGCCUGCUACCAUUGUCGAGAUCUACCAACCAUCAAGACAACGGUAUGUCCGCGAGCGAAACGUGCGUGGGAGGUUUAGAUUGCACCCAAAGUUGCUUCCCGAUUUUCACGCUCUGUGCGGUCAUCAAUGGAAGAAAAUACCGAGAGUUGAUCAUGUGACCGAUGAAUUGGCAGUGCACUUGCUUACACAGUAUGGUGGGCUGUUCCCAUUGUUGCGCCAUCUCGACACAGUCAAUGACCUGAUUUUACGGAAUUCGCUAAAGCAGUGCAUUUCUUCUAUCGAGUCCUCCUUCCGGUUAGUCAAACUGGUCAACACAGUCGCGCUACCUGUUGCAAUUGAGGAGCUCGGUCGGCCUCGGCUGAAUGAGCCACAAUUUUAG